AUGGGCUUGAUCCCACCCAAAUACCUACUAGGAUGCAUUCUAUGUUCAGCAAAUGGACUUCUCUUCGGCAUGGACACGGGCAUCAUCGGCCCUGUGACCGACAUGGAGUUCUUCAAGUCUGAAUUCGGAGGCAGCGAAAACUCUACCAUCCACGGCCUCAUCGUCUCCUGCAUCUUGAUUCCGGCUGCUCUCUCGUCCUUCUUUGCUGGCUACGUUGCUGAUCACCUCGGUCGGCCCAAGGGAAUCUGCAUCGGGACUUUCAUCUUCGGUGUCGGCGCCGCGAUCGAAGCCGGAGCUGUCCACCUGGCUAUGUUCAUCGUUGGUCGUAUUGUCGAAGGUGUCGGGGAAGGCCUGUUCCUGGGAAACCUGGUCGUUCUGAUUUGUGAGAUCUCGCCUGUCAGAACAAGAGGUGCCCUCACGACUGGUCCUCAGCUGGCGACUACCCUGGGUUUGGUCCUGGGGUACUUUAUCAGUUACGGAACGGCCAGGAUUCAGUCGUCCCUGUCAUGGCGCAUGCCGUGGAUCCUGCUAUCGGCCUUCGCGAUGAUCAUUUGCGCGCUUUCGCUGAUGUUUCUGCCCGAAUCGCCGCAGUGGCUGGGUCUCCAGGGUCGCGUUGCAGAGGCCGAGGAGGCAUGGGAGAAGCUGGGGGUUAGUCUUGGAGAGCGCGAAAAGGUCGAGGGGCAAGUCCAGGUGCAGGAGAUGGACCCUGACUCUGAGAAGGCGGCACCCGGGACUGUCGAGAAGCUGCUGGAUGUGUUUUCCAAGGAUGUUCGGGGUCGGACUGCACUUGCCGUCUUUCUGAUGGGGAUGCAGCAGUUGAGUGGGAUUGAUGGAGUCCUCUACUACGCCCCUCAACUCUUUCAACAAGCUGGUCUUGCCUCUUCACAAGCAAGUUUCCUCGCUUCCGGAGUUUCAGCACUCGUUAUCUUCGGCGUCACAAUCCCUGGACUGCUCUAUGCUGAUAAAUGGGGUCGCCGAACUAGCAUUAUUUCUGGGGGUAUUGGAAUGGGAAUUCUAAUGUUCCUGAUGGGCGGAUUAUACGCCGGAGGUGCCGUUCACAAGGACUCCGGCGCCGGUCGCUGGGUUGUCAUUGUCUGCAUCUACCUUUUCGCCGCUCUUUAUUCCGUCACAUGGGGGAUUACUGUCAAAGUCUACAGUGCUGAGAUUCAGCCUCAGCGUACGCGAGCAUCGGCUACCACAUUGUCCCAUUCCAGCAAUUGGGUGUGUAACUUUACCGUGGCGUUGAUCACCCCUAUUUUGCUGUCGAAAAGUAGCUUCGGAGCUUACAUUUUGUUCGGUGGAUGCUGUGUUAUCACGGUUGUUGUGAUCUUUCCUUUCAUGCAUGAGACGAAGGGGAGGAACUUUGGGCAAAUCGAGGCAGCUUUCAAGGGGAGGUCGACUAGGGAGAGUAGCGUAUUUAUCGUGGGCGGCUUUCCUUGUUUUCCCUAUCUUAGAUCUCCCGUGGACCAAUAG